AUGGGUUUAAUACAUAAGAAAAAAGAACCAUCGAUUGAUUCAAAAAAUAGCAAUAAAACAGCAACAAAUUCAUCAGUUAGUUCUCAUCAUAAUCAUAAUUAUCAAGAUCGACACAAAGCAAAUAACAGAUUAUCUUUUCAUAUUUUUAACAAGGAUAAAGAUAUAACUAGAAGUUCAUCUUUAAAUUCAAUAUCAUCAACUAAUCAAUUUGAUCCAUCAAUGCAAAGCAUUCCACAUGACCAUUCAAAAUUAAGUAGAAAUAGUCUUGAGAAUAGAAUUGAUACUGUUAAUGUAUUAAAUAAUCAAAAUGUUUCAUCACCUCAAGUUGAACCUGGAAUUUCAAUUCAAAUUAUGAAAAAUACAACUAGACAAGAUUCAAAUAAUGAUUUAUUAACUAUACCACAAAAUAAACAUGAUUCAAAAUCAACAUCUACGAAUUCAUCAAGUAAACAACCACAAGAAUUAAAUCCUGAGGCAAUACAAAGACAAAAUACAAGUACUGACAAAAAUGAAGCGAGUGGGAGUGGCGGAUUUUUAUCAAGUUUAAUUACUGCUGCUGCUAAUAAAAUGAGUCAACCAGCUACUAGUUCUACUAAAGAUAAAGAUAAAGAUAAAGAUAAAGAUCAUACUUUUGCUCAUAAAUUAGAUAAUUUAAUUAAAUCUGUACGUCAUGAAGAAUCAGAAACUUCAUUAAAUGGGGAUGCAAGUCCACAAGUUAUCGAAUCUAGAAAUUCUCAAGAUAAAUCAUUAAAUUCUGCUCAUGAUGUUCAAUUUGAAUCAAUAAGAGAAAGUCCUUUGAAUACAUUAGGUAAUGGAGAUUUAUCCUUAAAUGAUUUUGAAAACCACCAAAAUUUUCAACAACAACAACAACAACAACAACAACAAUUAUUAUCAUCUAAACAACCAUCAAUACGAUCUAAUGAUGAAUUUGAAACUUAUUCAACUAAAAGAACAUUAUCACCAGAUAUAAUACAACAAAAAAUACCGUUAAAUAAUCAAUUACAAGCUACUUCAAAUGGAACCGAUGUUAAAAGAGUACAUCGAAGAUCAAUUAAUGGAGAUUCUAUAAAUAAUCGAGGUAAUUCAAUUGGAGGAAAUUCUCAAAUUGAUACAAGUACAGUUAUAAGUCAAGAUAAUGAUCAUCAUUCAAGUAUUAAAAAUUUAUCAGAAAUUAAAUCAAGAAGUACUGAAUCAGAUUUGAUAUCUGAAAAUUCAGAAAAUGAAAAUUUGGAUCAGAUUAUAGAUUAUUCAAAAAAGAUCAAACAUGCUUCAAAAAAAUCAAAUAAAGAAUUUCAUCAAGCUUUUAAAAAAUUACCAAAUAAUGAAAAAUUAAUUGAUGAUUUUUCAUGUGCAUUAUCUAAAGAUAUACUAGUCCAAGGUAAAAUGUACUUAUCUGAUCAUUAUAUAUGUUUCAAUUCAAAUAUAUUAGGUUGGGUAACUAAUAUAAUGAUACCACUAAGUGAAGUUAUACAAAUUGAAAAAAAAUCAACUGCAGUUUUAUUCCCUAAUGGUAUGAUUAUUCGAACUUUGCAUCAAAAAUAUGUAUUUGCGACUUUUAUAUCAAGAGAUACUACAUUUGAUUUAAUUACAAAUGUAUGGCAUAGAGUAUUAUUAGAAAAUUCAGAUAUUGAUCCUUCAAAAUUACAACAAGUUGCGCAACAAAGAAGAGCAAGAGCAAAUUCAAAAAAUUCAAUAACUUCUGAUAGUGAUUAUUCAUCAGAUGAUGAAAUGAAUUCAGAUGGGGAAGAAAAUGAAGAAGAUGAAACUUCAGAAAAAGAACAAGAUGAAAUGGAUAAUGAUGAUGAUGAAGGUGAAAAAGAUGCUAAUGAAGAAAAAGAUGGUGACUCAUUUAAUGGAUUUCCUAUAAUUGGUCCAAAAACUCAUGCACCUACAGAAUCAGGAUAUACUAAAGAAUCAGGAGAAACUGUAGUUGCUGAAGAUACAAUAAAAGCACCACCAGGAGUUGUUUAUUAUAUUAUGUUUGGAUCGGAUAUUUCAAAUUUUAUAAAGAUAUUAAAAGAUCAAAAAAAUUUUGAUAUUUUAGAAUCAGACAUAAAAGGUCUUGAUGAAAAGAAUAAACAAAGAAAUUAUACAUAUACUAAACCAUUAGGUGGUCCAAUUGGUCCAAAACAAACAAAAUGUGUAAUUGAAGAUAAACUAGUUACAUAUCAACCUGAUGCUCAUUAUCAAAUUGAUCAAUUAACUUCAACUCCUGAUGUUCCUUCAGGUAAUGCAUUUAAAGUCCACACUAAAAUAUUUUUAAGUUGGGGUGAGAAAAAUAGUACAAAGUUUUAUGUAGUUACUUCAAUUGAAUGGAGUGGUAAAAGUUGGAUUAAAGGUGCUAUUGAAAAAGGCACAAUUGAUGGACAAAAAGAUUCAAUGAAACAAAUGAUAGAAACAGUAAACAAUCUAAUUGAAUCAGGGAAUAAGAAAGGUGGUGCCCGUAAGAAAUCAACCAGAUCAAGAAGAAAUACAGAAAAGAAAGAAGAAGAAGAAAUUGAGAAACCCAAAACACCAGAACCUGAACUUUCAAAAGAUCCAAUAUCUCAAUUUAUUAAUUUUGUAAAUUCAAUAGGUGAUUUAAUUCCAAUUCCAAUGUUAAGUAAUACAAUAACUGGUUCAAUCACACUCAUAACUUCAUUUUUGAUAUUUAUGUUUUUCUUUAAUAACUUGUUCUUUUCACAUGGUCAUCAACCUAGUUUAUAUGAAAUUAUUCCAAAUAAUAGUUAUACAAGCAGGAUAAGGAUUAAAAAUGAUGAAUUCUUAGUCAUUCCUUCAAUUAAUACAAAUUUAAAUAAUCAAAGAAUGAUAAGACAACAAGAAGUAAGUUUAUGGAAUUGGUUAAAGGAAAGAAGUGAAGGUAAAUUAAAUUUAGAAUUUACUGGUAAUUUAGGUGAAGAAUUUGAUGGAUUGAAUGAUGAAGAGUUGAAACAAAAAUAUUCUCAACAAGAAUUGAAAGAAAUUGUUAAAUUAACAAGAAUAAAAUUGGAUAAAUUAAGUGAAAGAUUGGAACAAUCUGAGAAAUUUAAUAACUGA